AUGGCCGCCGCCAAACCGAUCAAGGACGUCGUCAGCGUCGCGAAGAAAUACACGCAACAAAGCACAGGCCUCUACGAGCGAGUACGCCGCCUCUUCGCCGUCGACCCAGAACGCAGCAACGGUGUCCCCGUGCGACACUUCCGCAACCCACCGCCCGCAGGCGGCGACCCGCUCGCGUACGAUGAAGCCGUGACGAUCCCCGCGGCCGACAUCGCCGACAAUCCGUACUGGAAGCGAGACGUGCGCCGCGCAUAUCCCACCCUGAGCACCGUCACACAAGGCGACGCGGUCGGACUGCUGUCGAUCGGGAGCGCCGCAGCGCCGAGUCCGAAACUGCUCGCCGGAGAGGAAGGGUCCAAGCAGCUGGUCACCGUCAAGGAGCAGGGUCAGAAAGGCCUGGCGGCCUACUUUGAGGCGGAGAAGGGUUCGGGCGCCGCUGUGUUGGCUGCGGAUGGGCUGCCGCCUUUACCGGUUGCGGUCAGGUCGAAGAGUGUCAAGGCGGAGAAAUAUGAGUUGGGUCAUACGAGUUAUGGUGAAGACUAUCCCUGCCGGAGCUUUGUUUGA